CUGUUAUUUUGUGACUUUUUUGAAAUAUUUCAUAUAGAAACAAAAACAUUUCAGAGUUGUCAGAUGAUAUUAACUUUUCUGUUGUUAAUCUUUCUUCAACUAUCAGGUAAGUUUCAAGCAUGAUUAUAUUUGAUAUCUUUGUACAGCUUGCCAAGCAGUUGCAUCCCAAAGUGUUGUGACUACAUCAAUGCCAUCAACCUUGCUUCCAUUUACAGAUCUUAUCAUCACAGUGCAAGCAAAGGACUCUGGAGGGGUCUCUCUCACAUCUGGAGGUGAAGACUUCUAUAUCUCUCUGAACAACCACUGUACUUGGGUUUCUGACACUGUAUGAACCCCUGUAUCUCCUGCUUCAACUGCUCUUGACUCAGAAAUCUCCACAAGAAUGACGGAUAACUCUGACGGGACUUACUCGUACACCCUCAGAGUAGACAAGGAAGGGACAGUUACUUACAGAAUCAUGCUGACUCAGACAGGAGUUGUCACUGCUGAUUAUUAUAAAUUGAGUGGAACGUUUUUAGGAACAACUCAAGUAUCCAAUAUUGAUUUUACUUAUGGAGGCAUCACAGUAGGAGAUUCUAUCGUUUAUGUAAGUCGUUAGGCUAUUUUAUAGAAUGGAGAGUACGAUUAUAUUCGAGGAGAAUUCAGAGGGCUAAUAAAACCUCCCAGAUCAGAAACUUAUUCUUUUGACUUGAUCAAACUAGAUAGAGGAUGGAUUGAAAUCGGUAAAGAUGAUUAAUACUCCCAAUUCUAAUUUAAUACUAUUACAGUCUUUCAUAAAAAAUGUGCAGGGAUUAUUUUUAGAAGUUCAUAAAUCACUUAACUCAAAUCCUAAAAUAGAUGGUGUGAGCAUGAUACCCGGAGGAUCAACUUAUUCUGAGAGCUUCACAAUGGCAAUGGACACUAAUAAUGUCUAUUCCUUUUAUGUCAGCUGGGAGGAAGACUUGUCUACAGCUGAAAUUAAACUUCACUGGAAUGAAACAGGAAGCAUGGCUGCUGUCCAGUCCCAAUAUUUUAUAUUACCAGAUGAAGUUGUGAAUGGAAAUAUAACUAUUGCUUGUCAAUCAGGAUACGCGGUCCAAGCAUCAGACCCUUCUUCGUGCACUGAUGUGUGUGGGGAUGGAAUCCUUACUUCGGGCGAAACAUGUGAUGACAGGAAUAUUGUUAGCGGUGAUGGUUGAUCUUCGGACUGUCAGACUAUUGAGAAUAAUUACAUCUGUGUAUAUAACUCUGGUUUACCCGGCCAUGAGUGAUCGUCAUGUGGAACAUCUGGGUACCCAAAUACAGCCAAAGAUGCAUGCAUACUAUGAAGUAGCGGAUACCAGCAUGCCUCUUCAAAUCUGAAUACUUGCACACAAAUUUGAGGUGACGGCAUUCAGGUAUCUGGGGAAACUUGAGACGAUGGAAACUCUCUCUCAGGUGAUGGCUGCAGCAAGGAAUGUCAAAUAGAAGAACACUAUAAAUGAACUGGACAACCUUCUGUUUGUAAGGUAGAUAAGAUUAAAGCAGAGCAAAGUGUCGAAGCUGUUGGACAAGCAGUGUCUAUAUCAAUAUCUGUUGGAAUGACAUCUCAGGUCGCACUCUCGUUCUCUUUAGGACAAAGCCCAUCUUCAAUAUGGAUGUUGAUUAAUAUUAGUCAGAUUCUUCAGUAUACUGCAAUGCUUACUCUAUAUUUCCCAAAAUUAUUGAUUUCUUCUUAUCGUCAUCUGAGCAUCGCUAAUUUUGACAUCAGCAUUUUUCCUAACGUAUUUACGACGCUAUUUGAUAAGUCGUUAAUCGAAGGAAGAGAUUCAUUCGAUUACAGAUUUGCCAAUCAGAACAUCGAGUCAACUAAUAUUUUCCUAAACUGAGGAGACGUUGUUUUCUUAUUGAUACUAUUUCUCUUUUUGAACAUUAUAAUUGCUCUGUUAUCAGCCACCUGUAAGGCUUGUAAAUGUAAAAAAGAUUCGGAAGACAAAAGAGGAUUUUGAAGAAGAAUUAUGUCUCACUUUAUUUCCAGGGUGAUCCAAAUCAAAAACGAUUUCUUCUUCAAUUCCAUACUCAGAGUUAUUUUUGAAGUUUACCUUCCUCUGAGCUUUGCUAGUAUCUACAAUACCUAUGAUAUGAAGCUGGAGAAUUACAUUGAUUAUUUCUCUCAUGCGGUAUCAAUAUUCUUCAUUAUUAUUUUUGUUCUUGUGCUAGCCAUUAUUCCUAUAAUUUUGUGGUGUCGUAAAGUAUCUAAAACUCAACAAGAAUCAGGAAGAAUCAGAAUCUUAUUCAAGGAUCUAAAAAAUGACAAGAAAAUUGUAGUUUUAGACAAUUUCUUUCUGUUAUUAAGAAAAUUGUCAUUGUCCUUAUUGCUAAUAUUUGGGUGGAAUCAUGGAAUCGUACAGAUCUCAAUUAUGAUAACUAUUGGAUUUUUAAUAGUUCUAUGGAAAAUAAUAGUCAGGCCAUACCAAAGCAAAUUAUUAAACUUCCAAGAUAUUCUGUUUGAAUCUCUUUUGCUAUCAAUCUUGGUUUUAUAUUUAAACUUCUGAUCUAAAUCAAGCGAACUGUCGACCUCUGGAUUUUCUCAUAUCUGUGGAUUUAUCUGAUUAGUUCUAAUUGUCUGGAUGACAAUCAUGAAUUAUACAAUUGCUAUAACUUUGUUCUUCAAAAAUUUGAAGAAGUCUUCUUCUAAAGCUUCAGUAGGAGUCAAGCCUCAAGAAGCAAAGAAUACCAAAUUUGACAGCACAAGGCAACCUGGGAACCCCAACUUAAGACAAGAAAAUAUCAACUUUGAUUCACGAGGCUCCAAUAACCUUCUCAUUAGAAGCAGAGGAAAAGGAGUUAAGUGCCCUGUUGAGAGUAUUAAUUUAUCUCAGUCAUUCCACCGCCCUCUUACUAACAGGUUGCCUCUAAGAGAUCGAGAUCAUAUCCAGCUUGGCUUUUUCAAAAAAGGUGUUUUAUGUAGAAGCACCUUCCAGUAAAUUCUCUUGAUACAAUUAUUUGAAAUGGAGUAUCAUUAAUCUGAGAAUUCGGAAC